UCUCGGUGCGGGGGGGAUGGGAAAGGAGGGUUUCGGGAGCACCCCCCCCCGCCAACCCCUCUUUCCUCGCCCUCCCGGUUGGGGGGGAGAGCACGGUGGGGCCCGGCCCCCCCGUUCCCGCCCCGCUGACGUCACCGUGCCCACGGGGGGGCGCGCCCAGCGAGCCGCGGAGGUUCCGCACCCGCAGCCACUGCCGUAUGCGUUGCACCGAAGGCCGGGCUGCGGCUGUCGCGCUGCUCCGCGGCGGGGGGCUCGGGGAUGCACCUCCCUCCCGGCUGCCGGCACGGCUGGAGGAGGGUCCGGCGGCGGCACGGAUAGAGCGCGGCAGCGGAGCUGGCGCAGAAUAGCCCCCUAGGUGCUGAGACGAUGGCGAGCAGCCCGCUGCCCGGCCCCACCGACAUCUUGCUGCCGUCGCCGUCCAGCGCGUACCCACCGGAGUCCAUGAACCAGCCGAGAGCCGGCCACGCCACUAUGAAGCCCAACCAGGUGGGGCAGGUGAUCCUCUACGGCAUCCCCAUCGUCUCCCUGGUCAUCGACGGGCAAGAGCGGUUGUGCCUGGCGCAGAUCUCCAACACCCUCCUCAAAAACUUUAGCUACAACGAAAUCCACAAUCGUCGGGUGGCCCUGGGCAUCACCUGCGUGCAAUGCACGCCGGUGCAGCUGGAGAUCCUUCGCCGGGCGGGGGCCAUGCCUAUCUCCUCCCGCCGCUGCGGCAUGAUCACCAAGAGGGAAGCAGAGCGGCUCUGCAAGUCGUUCCUGGGGGAGAACCGGCCCCCCAAAUUGCCGGAUAACUUCGCCUUCGACGUGUCCCAUGAGUGCGCCUGGGGCUGCCGCGGUAGCUUCAUCCCGGCCCGCUACAACAGCUCCCGGGCCAAGUGCAUCAAGUGCAGCUACUGCAGCAUGUACUUCUCCCCCAACAAGUUCAUCUUCCACUCCCACCGCACGCCGGACGCCAAGUACACCCAGCCCGACGCCGCCAACUUCAACUCCUGGCGCCGCCACCUGAAGCUCACCGACAAAAGCCCCCAGGACGAGCUGGUCUUCGCCUGGGAGGAUGUCAAGGCCAUGUUCAACGGCGGCAGCCGCAAGCGGGCCCUGCCGCCCGCACCGCCGGCCCCCGCCGCCGCUGCCCCCGCCGCCUGCCACCCGCUGGGCUCAGUGAAGGCGGCGGCCGCCGUGGUGGGCGGCGGGUUGCUGAGCCCGCAUCUCCUGGCCGCCCCGCCGGAGCUGCACCAGAAACGUCCGCGCUUCGAGGAGGAUGAGGAGCUGCAAGAAGCCGUGGCGGCGGCGGCGCACGGCGGGAAGAGCCCACGGAGCUACCCGGUCAUCCCGGUGCCGAGCAAGGGCUCCUUCGGCGGCGUGCUCCAGAAGUUCCCGGGCUGCGGGGGGCUCUUCCCGCACCCCUACGGCUUCCCCGCCGCCGCCUUCGGCCUCUGCCAUAAGAAGGAAGAAGGCGGUGGCAGCGGGGCCGAUGCCCUCGGCGGGGCGGCAGCGCACAAAGCCGGUGGGGCAGCUGCGGGCGGCGGCCUCUCGGGGCUCUUUUGGCCGGGUAGAAAGGACGCCGCCUUCUACCCGCCCUUCUGCAUGUUCUGGCCGCCCCGUACUCCGGGCGGGCUGCCGGUGCCUACAUACCUGCAGCCGCCGCCGCAGCCCCCCGGUGCGCUGGGCUGCUCCCUAGGAGACGGGGCCGGCCUGCUGCGACAGGCCUUCCUGGACCUGUCGGAGCCCGGCGGUGAGGCGGGGAGCGCGGGACUGGGCACCGGGGCGCCGGGGAUGGGCACCCCGCCAGCCGCCGCCCCCCCGCCCGCCGCUGCCGCCGCCGCCAGGGACCCGCUGUUCGAGUCGCCCCCUGGCGGCGGCGCGGAGCCCGCCUCUCCCUCCGCCUCCGAGGGGACCGGCGGCGGCGGCGGACGGGUCCCCGCGCACCAUCCGCACCUGCUGGAAGCGGCGGGCGGGCGCAAGGGGGGCGGUGGGUACCACCACUCCAGCGCCUUCCGUCCGGUGGGCGGUAAGGAAGACUCGGAGAGCUUGGCCAAGCUGCACGGCGGCGGCGCGGCCCGCUCCGCCUCGCCGCCGCUACAGCUGCUGCUGCCGCCGCCGCCGCCGCCACCCGAGGAGGCGGGAUGCGAUCGCCACCCGCUACCCCCGCCGCCGCACACCCCGCACCGCCUCCUGUCGCCCGGCGGCACCAGCUGUAGCUUCGCCAGCGAAGACAGCAGCGAGGAGGAGGAGGAGGAUGAGGAGGAAGAUGAGCCCGAGGUGGACGUCGAGGGGCACAAGCCCCCCGAAGAGGAGGAAGAAGACGAGGAGGAGGAGAACGGCGAGGAAGACCCCCGCGGCGGAGACACCUUGGCUGCCAGCAGCCGCUUCGCGCCCGGCCGGGGCCUGCCGGAGAAGAGCGGCCGGGAGCGCCCCGCCGCCGGCCCAUUCCCCCGCCCGCCCGCUGAUGAGAAGCCGGGAGAAGGCCAAGGCCCGCCGCAGCCUCCUCCCCGGGUGGGCAGCAGCGGCAGCAGUCCGGCGCACCACCCGUCACUGGAGGAGCCGGCCUCCUACAAAGAUAAUCAGAAGAGCAAGGAGAGUAAUCAGGUCGUCAUGCCCACAAAAGAGGACACCUUUUCAGAUAAGAACAAGGAGCAUAAUUUUUUCAUCACAGACUCAGAGCCUUCAGGAGGAGACUUUUGGAGAGAUAUAGCAGGUGAACAUACCCAAGAAACCAAUUCAUCUCAUUCGCUGAAGAAGGAUGUGGAAAACAUGGGGAAAGAGGAACUCCAGAAGGUUUUGUUUGAACAGAUCGACUUACGGAGGAGACUAGAACAGGAGUUCCAGGUGUUGAAAGGAAAUGCGUCUUUCCCAGUCUUCAAUAAUUUUCAAGAUCAGAUGAAGCGGGAACUGGCAUACAGAGAAGAAAUGGUACAGCAGUUACAAAUUAUUCCCUAUGCAGCAAGCUUGAUCAGGAAAGAAAAGCUCGGCGCACACCUCAGCAAAAGCUAAAGCAGCACAGGAUAUUUUGCAGCCGUUAACCUUCUAAGUUAUUACUUGCCAGUCAGAAACCUGACUUGUUUAAAGACUGAAACAAAAUGGAAGAUUGGGGAUACAGGUUCCUUUGAACCCGAGGACAAGUGACCUCAAAGCAUCAUGGACAACCAUGUAAAAUAGAAUGUAGCAGCCAUUUAUUAGUAAAAGCAAAACAACAAAAAAAAAUUAAAAAAAAAAAUGCCUGUCCUGGAUCUUUUUUGGUGGUACCAAAGUUUAAGUCUCUGUGUUUUUAGAAGGACUACUGAACCUGAUAGAGAAAAUGCUUUCGAUGAAUCGUAUGGAUAAGCUGUGAAGGGAACUGACACUCCUUUCAACGCCACAAACACUGACGACAUCUGUCAGUUUCAUCCUUUGCUUUUGAAUUGUGAUUGUUUUAUGGGAAGAAAUGUGUGUCUUACCAGAUGGGCCAGAACCGCGUUUGGAUGGAUGGAUGGAUGGAUGGAUAGGGCAGAGUUAGCCAUACACAGUGCUUUUUAAAAGCAGACUGGAAAUUCUCACACCCCUCUCCCUCGGCCCUCUCCUCCUCUGGUAUUUUGCCUGCUGUAUGAAUUAACGAUUGUACUCCUCUGGAAAUAUUUUACAAUUUAAUAUUGAGUGUAAUUAAGAAUAUAAUCGCUGUUAUCAAAAAAGGUAUUUAACUCUGUUGUAGUUUCUUUAUCAUUCAUGUGGAAAAAAGUCUAUAAUAAAAAAAAGAAAACUAUGAGAUCAUAGUUGAGCUUCGCUGUAAUUUAAUGCUGUGCUUACUCCACUAAAGAAAAGAACUGGGAAAUUUAUCCCUAAGAACAUCUUUUUAGAAGUAUUUUAAUUCACAAAUAACAUGUCAAAGUAUUUCGUGGCAGAAAUCCUCUGCCUUUGGUUAUUUAGAAAACAUUUGGAAGUACACGUAGUGAAAUUUCACAAUAUUCCUUGUGGAUCCACAGAAAUAGAGGGAGAUAUGCCAAAGUCAGUUGACUUCUGAAGACCGCAGCAGCAGUCUUCCAAUCCUUUUCCUGGAUGUGCAACAUUCUUCUCCAUGAUGUGCAACACCCCAAUUACUAGGGCUUUCCUGUGUGAAAUUCCUGCCCCCAGCCAUGGUGUCAUCCCUGAGCAUACAACAGCAUAGAAUGUUGUCCACACCAAUACAGCACCACCAGAUCUGAAAGCAGUUUAAGCCACCCCCAGCAUCUGAACGUGUCACAGAGGUGCUCUCUCAAUAUUCUCCUCAUUCCCAGCAAAUCCCUGGGAGAUUCAGUCAUCCGGUUUUAUAGUUCCUUAUAUCCCAACAGAUCGGGAAGGCAGGGAGGGGGAAGAAGGGCACAGUCUGUUUUCAUGCCCUUCCCUGCAUAGUUUACUCACGCAGUAUGCAAGCUGACAGUACUCAAACACAAGAGUCUCUGAGCUGGCACCAUCAUGACUUCUGAGCAUGGAAAAAAGCAAUGAAAG